UUCAGUUAAGUUAUUAUUUUUCAUCUCAUCUCAUCUGAUUAUCUCUAGCCGCUUUAUCCUUCUACAGGGUCGCAGGCAAGCUGGAGCCUAUCCCAGCUGACUACGGGCGAAAGGCAGGGUACACCCUGGACAAGUCGCCAGGUCAUCACAGGGCUGACACAUAGACACAGACAACCAUUCACACUCACAUUCACACCUACAGUCAAUUUAGAGUCACCAGUUAACCUAACCUGCAUGUCUUUGGACUGUGGGGGAAACCGGAGCACCCAGAGGAAACCCACUCGGACACGGGGAGAACAUGCAAACUCCGCACUGAAAGGCCCUCGCCGGCCACGGGGAUCGAACCCAGACCUUCUUGCUGUGAGGCGACAGCGCUAACCACUACACCACCGUGCCGCCCCGUUAUUAUUAUUAUUGGUUAAUUCAUAAACUGGAAGACCCCCCUCGCCCUUGAUCUUGUUGUCUGAUGACACACCUGAGAUGGAAUUUUUGACCACAAUCAGCAAUUUGAGGAAAACCCAGACAUUAUCAUCACAGGAAACCAUGGCUGUGGGACAAUAUAUAAUUAUUUGUAUUUGUGCUGUAAAUGCUGUUUGGGGAUGCCCCUCGCAAUGCCAGUGCAAUGAAAAUGAGACUUCAUGCAUGGGCUAUCACUUUAAAGACUUUCCAUCCCCUCUUCCAUCAACAACAAAGGUUUUGCACAUUUCAUAUGCUAGCAUAUCCUCAUUGAAACCUGCUGAUUUUGAUGCAGUUUCUGAGACUCUGACAACAAUUACAGUCCAUAAUUCGAGUAUAAAUGAGGUGAAGCCUCACACAUUCAACAAGACACACAAACUCACCACUUUAGUGUGUUCAGGAACUGAGCUGGUUUCUCUCCCUGAGGACUUGUUUCAGAACCUACACUCACUCAACAACCUGGUCCUGAGGAACAACAGUCUAAAUAAACUUCCUUCAUCCCUGUUAACACCUCUUCAGUCUCUGAAACACUUAGACCUAAGCAGAAACAACUUGAGUUCUAUUCCAGAGGAUGCGUUUCAGGAUCUAAUUCAGUUGGAGAUCCUUUUGCUGCAAGAAAAUGGCAUCAAGGAAUUGCAGAACAGAACUUUCCAUGGACUUCGCAAGCUUAAAGUCUUGUCCCUUGAAAAUAACCACCUUGAGGUGAUCCCAGGCAAUGCAUUUGAUGACCUGGUUAAUCUGGAGGCUUUGCAUCUGCAAGACAAUGUUAUCACAAAUUUACCAGCAGACCUUUUUGCAAGUCAGCAGAAGCUUCAGAAACUCUUCCUCUCUAAUAAUCGGUUGUCUUUCCUUCCUGAAGGAAUCUUCUUGAAACUCCCUCAUCUACAGCAGAUCUCACUUUUUGACAAUCGAUUCCAGAGUCUAGCUAAUAACACAUUUGGGCCCAUGUUACUGCAGAAUCUGUGGUUGUAUAACAACAUGUUAACCCGGCUUGAGAAAAAUGUAUUUAGCAAUUUAACUCGCAUGCAACUCCUGGUGCUGAGCAAAAACCAGAUCUCGCAUAUCUCUCCUGGUGCAUUCAAUGGAUUGAAUGAGCUGAAUGAAAUUUCUUUGCACACUAACUGCUUGACGAGUCUUGAUGAAAGAGUGUUCAGAGGCCUUCCAAAGUUGGUCAAAAUAUCAUUGGAAAACAACAAAAUUCAGUCCAUUCCAGAGAAGCUGCUCGAUGGCAUUCAUGAAUUACGCCAGCUGGAGAUUCAAAACAACUCUCUAUCCUAUUUACCAAAGAAAUUUCUAGACUCAUUAGCCAACACUGACAGUGUGGUGUUAACUGAAAAUCCAUGGAAGUGUGACAAGGACAUUGAUCCACUUCUAGACUGGUUAAAGAAAUAUCCAGAUAAAGUAAAAAAUAUCAGAUCCCUUGUGUGCUUUAGUCCUUCAUAUUUGAAAAACACCAGUAUAAUAAACUUUUUAAGUCAUCCCUUUAACAGAUCCACUUUUCCACAAGUAGAUAAUUCAACAGGAACCUUAGGGAGAGGAAUGCUUGUCUUUGGUUCAUGGGAAAUGAAUAUGAUCAUCAUUGCAGUAGUUUGCACUGUUGCCAUUGUCAGUAUUUUCAUCUUUGUUGUCUGCUGGAGGAGGAACAAAAAGGGCAGUCAUAAAACCCCUGUGAUAUAAAGUAGAGUUUCUGAAACAAAUUUAUAUGGAAACCAUUGGGAUAUGAUCAAAUAAGAUCUUGUAUUCAACAUAAAAUAAGUGCUUGUUUUAAAUUACUGGUUGCUUUUCACAAAUUUUACCCGAAUAAGCUUAGCUCAUUUUGAGUAAAAUGAUAAUUUCACAAAAGUUCCUGAUAGUUUAUUAACAAAACAAACAUUCAUGUACAUUUCAUUGUUCCACAUUUAUAAGCAGUAAAGUGAAAUGGAGGGAACCGUCAAAGAAGUGGUAAUAAAAAUUUUCAGAUUUUAUGACACAUACACCACAUUACAUUUACUCGGAUAAACAAUUAAUUAAUUAAUGUAAAAGAAGUUUCCAAACAUUAAUUUUCCAACCUGCAAAAAUGGCUGGCGAGCAGGGAUUACCUGCAAGAACACAAACACGCCAAUUUCUUUAUAAAACUGCGCAAAGUGUACCUGAGACCACUGAUGCAAAAUAUUGGCCAUCAUUGAAUUUGUUUCGUUUCAUGGUUUACCUUAUGAAGUUUAUCGAGUUUUUUUGUUUGCUUGUUUGUUUUUCUUUUUUUUUUGUAAUGUCGGACAAUUCAUUGCAUUAUGAUUUAA